AUGGAUGAUUAUGGCCCUGCUUUUGCUCUUGUGUGUGUAGGUUCAGGUGGCGGCCCCCUGGAAUCCGACUUGUCUGGGUACCUGCUCAAACCGUAUAAGGAAGAAUGGGACGCGGGUAUCAUUGCAUUAGAGGCGGGUUCAGGCCAAGGAACUUUGCAUCGACUCUUGCAACAAGAACCAGACCUGUUCAAGACUCAGAGUAGCGCGACCCGGACUUAUUCCGCUUCCGAGAUUUAUACCUUCGUGCGGUGUUUUCUGAUCACUCACGCGCAUUUGGAUCAUAUUUCUUCCCUUGUAAUCUCUACCGGCUCAUUCGGAGGUCCACGGAAACGCGUCUACGGUAAUAAGGAAAUGCUUGAAGAUCUGGAGGGAAUAUACAAUUGGCGAGCAUGGCCGAAUCUCGCUUCCUACGACGAGAACGACGAGGACUUCAAACUGUUGUACUCUCCCCUUGUUCCGAAUGGAAAGUAUCAUACCGUCUUCCCAGAUAUAUCUGUUCAAAUUGUCCCUAUAAACCAUGGUACCACUGAUAUAGGGCCUUAUUCUUCUUCCGCGUUCUUCAUCCGUUCAGACUCCCAUCCGUCCAAGCGAGAGUUCCUGUUCUUCGGAGAUGUAGAGCCCGAUUCGGUCACUUCUGCUACACCGAAGAUUAUCGAUGUCUGGAGGAAAGCUGCUCCCAUGAUCCCGAAUACGUUAUCUACGAUCUUCAUAGAAUGUUCAUGGCCAUCUGGGAGACCAGACGACAUGUUGCAUGGUCAUCUUAGUCCCGAACACUUGAGGGAUGAAUUAGUCGUGCUGGCUACUGAGGUAUACCACUCCCGGCGUAGCAGCUCUGGCGGUGGCUCCAGGCCCAAGAGAAAGCGGCAAAAACGGAAUCCCUCAGUGUCUGCUGACGAACUGCGAGGCCUUCUGACUGGUGUUCGAAUUUACAUUAUCCAUUGUAAAGAACAGUCAACGCAAGUCGAAGGUCCUCCAACACGGGAACUCAUUGUUGGGCAGGUCAGAGCACUCGUUCAAACGGCUGGACUGGGCGCAGAGAUUCUAUCUGCCGAACAGGGAAUGCAUAUCAGUGAGCGUUUCAUAUUCUAUUUAAGCAUAAAACUCAUCAAAAUACUCACUCGUCCCGCAUACAUUUAUUGGAGACUGCGAACCGAGCUUUUUGCUCUUGUAUAA